AUGUCCGAAACCUGGGAGGAAAUCCAAGCGGUAAAAAGUAAAACUAAAAGUCUAAGAGAGAAAUUGGAGAAACGUAAGAAGGAGCGACAAAGUAUUUUAGGUUCCAAUGCUGUUAGCGAUAAAAGUGAGGGGUCUCCAAAUAGGAAAGAUAAAGAUGCAUCGAGCCCGGCAACGAAAUCUGAAUCAUCAGACAAAUCCAAGCUACUAAUUCCACCAGCAUCGCUAGAAGUGCGUCUAUUACAAGUUUUGUCAGACAUGCAGCUACAAUUACCAGCAACUGCCAGUGGCUUACUUCCGGGAUUAGGAGAUGUUGACACAGGCAUUGUUGCCAGCUUGUUACAAAAAUUUGCUACACAAAAGCUUAUAAUUAUAAAGGAGCGUACAGAGACCACAACAGAUGCUGGUAUUGAGGUUGUGAGUGCUGAGUCUGUACGGCUUGCUGCAGUGCUAGCUGCUCUUAUGGAAGAGCAGAAUAAUACUUGUAAAAGAAAAGGUGAAGAAACACCAGUAGAGGGUCCGAAACAAAAAGUAUCUAAAACAAGUACUGAUGAUAAAAAAGCAGGCAAAGGAACAAGUGAUAUUAUGUCAUUAUUAGCAAUGCCAUCAAGUAGAGAAAAAGCUGUGAAGAGGGUAGGCGAAGAAAUAAUGGAUCUGCUCAGCAAACCCACAGCUAAAGAGAAGUCUUUGGCCGACAAGUUUAAGAGCCAAGGAGGUGCACAAGUAAUGGAAUUCUGUCCGCACGGAACGCGCGCGGAAUGCGUACGCGCAUACAAAACGCAAGAAAACGACGGACAACCGUACAACUGCAAGAAAUUACAUUUCAAGAAAAUCAUACAGAGUCAUACGGAUGAAUCGUUGGGGGAUUGUUCGUUCUUGAACACAUGCUUUCAUAUGGACACUUGCAAAUACGUUCAUUACGAGGUUGACAAUGCGGACCCCAAUUUGACAGCGAGCAAAACGGACACACUUUCGAAGAAUGGACAAAAUGGUACAAUUAUAGCAUCAAAACCUGAUGGCGUGUUAACUUUGACCCCUCCACAGUGGAUUCAAUGCGAUCUCAGAUAUUUGGAUAUGACUUUUUUAGGUAAGUUUGCGGUGAUAAUGGCGGACCCGCCGUGGGAUAUACACAUGGAGUUACCGUAUGGAACAAUGUCUGAUGAUGAGAUGAGAUGUCUCGGUGUACCACAGCUGCAGGACAGUGGACUUAUAUUUCUAUGGGUAACUGGAAGAGCGAUGGAACUUGGUCGUGAGUGUCUGAAACUGUGGGGCUAUGAAAGAGUGGAUGAACUGAUUUGGGUGAAAACGAACCAGUUGCAGAGAAUCAUACGCACGGGACGAACGGGUCAUUGGCUCAAUCAUGGAAAGGAGCAUUGUUUGGUGGGAAUGAAAGGCAACCCCGAUAAUUUGAAUAGAGGCUUAGACUGUGACGUCAUAGUUGCUGAAGUACGCGCUACAUCUCACAAGCCUGACGAAAUAUAUGGCAUUAUAGAGAGACUCAGUCCUGGCACGAGGAAAAUAGAACUGUUUGGGCGACCACAUAAUGUUCAGCCUAAUUGGAUAACAUUAGGUAACCAAGUGGACGGAGUACGUCUAGUUGAUCCAGAAUUAAUGGCGGCGUUCAAAAAACGAUACCCCGACGGCAAUUGUAUGGCGCCACCGCCGCCUGACCCCGGUUUACCCUAA